AUGGCGACAUUCACAAGCAUUCCGGGAGGCGAGAAGCCUUCAAUCAGCGUUCACCCAGACUACAAGAUCGCAAAGAUCAACGAGAACAUCUAUGGCGGUUUCACGGAGCACAUGGGGCGCUGCAUUUACGGCGGCAUCUACGAUCCUGGCAACCCCUUGUCAGACGAGAAUGGCUUCCGCAAAGACGUCAUCGAGGCUUUUCAAGAACUGAAAGUCCCCGUGGUCCGUUACCCUGGUGGUAACUUUGUUGCAACUUAUGACUGGAGAGAUGGCAUUGGCCCAAGAGAUCAGAGGCCUGUAAGGCCCGAACUUGCUUGGACCGGCACAGAAACCAACGAGUUCGGUACUGAUGAGUUCAUGAAAUGGUGUGAAGUCGUUGGCACUGAGCCCUAUCUUUGCCUAAACUUUGGCACCGGAACAUUGACUGAAGCUCUGGGAUGGCUUGAAUAUUGCAACGGUGAUCGCAAUUCAUACUAUGCUAACCUCCGCCGUAAAAAUGGCCGUGAAAAGCCUUACAAUGUCAAGUACUGGGCACUUGGUAACGAGUUAUGGGGUCCUUGGCAGGUUGAGCAGAUGACUAAGGAAGACUACGCAAAGAAGGCCUGGCAAUGGGCCAAGGCUCUGAAGUUGCUCGACCCUACCAUCACCCUCAUUCUCUGUGGUGAGACUGGUUACUCGUCAUGGGACUACUACGUUCUCAAUCAGUGCGUCAAGUGGUCCUUCUUCCACCUGGGUGGUGACACCACCAAGUCGUUGAUCGACAUGCACAGCAUUCACAUCUACACCGCAGACAACGAGCACCUGCCUAACGCGACCGCACCCAGGGCUGCCGAGCGAGCCAUCCAGAUGACAAGUGCGCUCAUUGAUCUAGCCCGCAUUGAGAACAAGGUACCUGAGACGGUCCCAAGGCCCACAAUCUGCUUCGAUGAGUGGAACGUUUGGGACCCCGUCCGCGCACCUGGUUCAAAGGGUGCCGAGGAGAAGUACACGCUCUCCGAUGCUCUCGCUGUCGCUGUUUUUCUCAAUACUUUCAUUCGCCAGGCCAAGGAUGUGGGUAUGGCCAACAUCGCACAGUCCGUCAACGUCAUCGCACCUCUCAUGACGACCAAGAACGGCCUAAUCAAGCAGACCAUCUGGUGGCCGCUGCUCCUAUUCAGCAAAUAUAUGCGCGGUCACACCAUUUCUCUGAAUGUCAAGUCACCCGAGUAUACUGGCCGCACAAAUCCUUCCUGGAUCCGAGGUACUAUCGAGACACCUUUUCUAGAUACUUGCGCUGUUGCUGGCGAAGACGGCUACACCAACUUGGCAGUCACCAACGUUAGUGAGGACGAAGACUUUGAGGUUGACCUUCAUGGUAUCAGCGCGGACAAUGUUGAGGUUCACACUGUUACUGGAGAGCAUGUCCAGGUUACCAACACAGCUGAGGAUCAACAGGUUGGAAUCAAGCAGAGUUCUUGGAACAAUAAGGGUGCUUACACAUUCCCUAAGCACUCUCUCACUCUGCUCAGAUGGAAGGCCACUUAG